AUGAACUAUAUGAAAGCUUGGAGAAGUAAGGAACAUGCAGUAAACGACUUGAGAGGAAAUGCUAGUGACUCGUACAGCCUAAUACCGAGUUUCUUACACAUGGUGGAAAAAACAAACCCUGGAUCAUUUGUGGAUCUGAAAACGGCAGAAGACAACAGCUUGCUCUUUGUUUUCAUGGCGUUGGAUGCAUCCAUAAAAGGGUGGGGAGCAUGCAGACCGAUAGUUGUUGUGGACGGAACGUUCCUCAAAGCGGCUUAUGGGGGAACUUUGUUGUGCGCAUGCACACAAGAUGCAGCAGGUCAUAUUUUUCCACUAGCGUUUUGUGUUGCAGAUUCUGAGAAUGACCAAUCUUGGAAAUGGUUCUUCAAAAAAUUUAAAGAAGCGUAUGGUGUACGGGAACACCAAUGCCUAAUUUCAGACAGAAAUGAAAGCCUCAUCAAAGCAGCGAGAGAAAUCUAUCCAGAAAUUGCACACAGUUACUGCGGUUACCACAUUUUGAGCAACCUUAAAACAAGCUUCAAACAACAUGCUGCCAAAUACAAUCUGCCAUUCUUUGGAGCAGUGAAAGCCUACACAGAAAAGCAAUUCGAGUUCCACAUGGCUGAAUUGGAUGGAUUGGACAAACGCAUAAGACCUUACCUCAAAAAAAUCGGGUAUGAAAAGUGGUCGAGAAUUCAUAGCCAAAACAAGAGGUAUUCCACAAUGACAUCAAACAUAUCGGAAUCAACAGAAACCUUUGCAAAUUUGGCGACAAGGGAGCUACCCAUUACAACGCUGCUAGAAUGCUUGAGAGCAUUGGUGCAACAAUGGACGCAUACUAAUAGGACAAAAGCACAAAACACCUUCACUAAGCUAUCACCAACUGGAGAAGACAUACUGUUGAAGAAUUACACAUACUCAUUGAAUCUGGAGGUAAAAUAUUAA